AUGUUGGAGGCCGAGGAGGACAUCACCGACGACAAGAGCCCCGAGCGCUUGCCCGAGGAGCCUCAGCAGCUGGACGAGGAGUCCCUCCAGCUGAAGAAGGACCUGCAGCGUUUCAUCCUCCAGCACAAGGCGGAACAGGACAACAUGUUCGACGAGACGGCGGACGAGGACGCCAUCCGCAAGGCCGCCACCGGACAGGCGAACGCCAUCAGCCAGACUGGAGCGUCUGCAGACGACUGGGACGACGUGGAGGGGUACUACAAGGCGAAGAUUGGGGAAAUCAUGUUCGACAGAUACGAGGUCACUGACGACUUCGUGGGGAAGGGCGUCUUCUCCAAUGUCUGCAAGGCCAAGGACCAGACGGAUGGGUCCAUGGUGGCCAUCAAAGUCAUGCGCUGCAACGAUAUGAUGAAAAAGGCUGCAGAGAAGGAGGUGGAGAUUUUGGAGAGACUCAACAAGGCGGACAAGCAAAACAAGAGGCACGUCAUUCGCCUGCAUCGCCACUUCAUGUACCGUGGGCAUUUGUGCCUGGUCUUCGAGUGCAUGUGGGACAACUUGAGAGUAGCUCUCAAGAAGUACACCAAGGACAAGGGCAUGUCCUUGCAAGCGGUCCGGGCGUACACCCGGCAGCUGCUGAUUGCUUUGCGGCACUUGCACAAGUGUGGAAUUAUCCACGCUGACAUCAAGCCGGACAACAUUUUGAUCAGCGCUGGCCACAACGUCGUGAAGAUCUGCGAUUUGGGCAGCGCUAUGGAGCUCACCGAGGUGGAACCCACGCCGUAUCUGGUGAGCCGCUUUUACCGAGCGCCGGAGAUUGUCCUGGCUGCCAGGUACUCCUUCUCGCUGGACGUGUUCGCCAUGGGCUGCACGCUCUUCGAGCUCUUCACCGGGAAGAUCUUGUUCCCGGGGAAGACCAACAACGACAUGCUGAGGCUCUUCAUGGAAGUGAAGGGCAAGCUUCCCAACAAGUUGAUCAAGAGCGGCACCGUGUGGAAGAACCACUUCGACGAGAACAUGGACUUCAAGUACUUCGAUGUGAACAAGGCGGGGAGGUUCUACAACUACCGGCACCAGGCCGACGCCUGCCAUGCGUAUCAGAUCAUGCUGAAGAGCGGGGUGCCCGCGGAGAACAUCAUCCUCAUGAUGCAGGACGACGUGGCCAAGAGUUCUGAGAAUCCCUUCCCGGGUCAGCUCUUCAACAAGCCGGGGGACGACUCCGUGGACGUGUACAAGGGCUGCAAGGUGGACUAUGCUGGUGACAUUGUGACCGCGGAGCUGUUCAUGGAUGUGCUCACAGGAAAGGCUCAGAAGGUCAAGGGCAAGGUCCUCAAGAGCACCGAGAAGGACACCGUCUUCGUGAACUUCGUGGAUCACGGGGGCCCGGGCAUCGUGGCCUUCCCCAACGGCCCGGUGCUGCAUGUCAAGGACCUGUCCGAGACCUUGGAGUCCAUGCGGAGUCAGCAGAUGUUCGGCCAGAUGGUCUUCUACAUGGAGGCCUGCGAGAGCGGGUCCAUGUUCCCGGACCUCAGCUCCGACAGCAAGAUCCUGGCAGUGACUGCCUCCAACGGCCAGGAGUCCUCCUGGGGCACCUACUGCGGGGAUGAGGCGGUGGUGAAGGGCAAGAACGUGGGCUCCUGCCUGGGUGACCUCUUCUCGGUGAACUGGAUGGAGGACGACGACCUGGGCAAGCUGGCCACCGAGACCUUCAAGUCUCAGAUCGCCAAGGUCACCAAGCUCACCAACAAAAGCCACGUCUGCAGCUUCGGCGACAAGUCCUUCGAGGAGGAGGCCAUCGGCAAGGUGGAGGCCGAAGCUCUCGGUGCGUCGGAGGUCUCCGUGGCCGCGACUGCGGGCGCCGUGGAUGCCCGCGACGUCUAUGUUACCCAGGCGUAUUGGGCCUGGCAGCAGGCCACAGGCGUUGCCAAGGAGACUGCCUGGCAGCGGUUGGUGGGCACCAUGCGGGACCGGGAGGCGGAUGAGAAGCUCUUUCAGGGGAUCGCCUCAAGGGCGUGCAAGGAGAUGCAUGGAAAGGAGUGCCAGGAGCAACUGCUCAGCACUCGCCGGGAGAUCAAUGACCUGGAGUGCCACUAUCAGCUGGUGCACACCUUCCACGCCCACUGCCCCAAAGCCCAGAGCCACCACGCCGCUGGGGGCUGGAACGGCUACAACAUGAAGUUCUCCCAGGUCUUGGUCAACCUCUGCGAGGCUCCAGGUUUGGACACUCAGCGGUUGGUGCAGAUCGUGCAGGCGACGCGUAAGAAGAUCACCCGCACCAUCACGGACCUCUCCGCCAAGCGGAGCGUGGCCGACAUGGUGGGGGCCUCGUUUGGGGGCGUUGGGACGUCCCUCCCGACGAUCUCGGAGCAGGGCCCCGAUACAACAGGAGGUGAGCUCGAGAAAGACUCGCCACGACUUUCUGAUGGCACCGUCACCUCCGUAGGCAGCCGGCUGCAUCCGCAGUGCACCCCCUGCGUCUUCAUGGCCCUUACCGCGGGGGGCGGGUCGGUGCGGUGCAGCGCGGGCAUCAAAUGCGAGUAUUGCCACUUUCCGCAUCCCAUGACCAAGAAGGAGAUUCUGCGGCGGCUCCGGAACUCGCAGUGA